CUGGACAACUCUUCAGAGACUGGAGGCAAAAUAAAAGAAAAGAGAAUUAGUUACUCUGCUGAUACUGAGACGAAAAACUCUUCAGUGGGAAUUAGCCAAGAAGAAAUCAACUUCAUGGCUGAAUAUAUUCAAGUCCACUUUGAAUUUCUAUCAAAGACAAAAGCAGUGAUUACAAUUUCUAAUAAUGGUGCUAAAACUAUCAGGAACCAUGGAUGGACUAUAUACUUUUCCUUGAAUGUGUGGUUUCACCCACAUUUACAACAAGUUGGUGUUCAGGAACAUAACACCCUUACUUUUGGACAUGUUGUGGGACAUGUGUAUAAGAUUGAACCUGUUAAUUAUAGCAAUUCCUUUUUACCUGGAGCUUCCCUCAAAUGCUCAAUUACAGCAUUACCAAUUUUUCUUUGGUCUCGCUAUAUAGUCUCACCCAAUUGGUAUGUUGCUUCCAAUGGUCUAGAGCCAAGAACAAUAAUUGCUACAGCUAAUGAAGACCUCUCUUUUGUUUCUACAUCUGAUCCAUUGAGUAGCAUUCGCCCUGGUGUGGAUGGUUCAAAAGAUUUGGGACAUGCCCCUUUAGCGGUUAUUCCUUCACCAUCCGAAAUAUCAAGAAAUAAGUACCCUCGGUCAGUCUCUAUUAACAAGGAAUGGACAGUGUCUGGAGACAAGCAGUUACAGAACGAAUUGAAAUUUUUGUCAGAUAAACUUGCAUUAAAAGUAUCUCCGUCCUUCGAUCCAAGUUCAAAAACCAUUUUAUUGACUCUGGCACCAACAGCUUUGCAAUCAGACCAGGAUCGGUUUUCCUCCACUGCAAACGAUUCAUACAGUCUUGAAAUAGAUGAUUCCAAGGAAUUGAUCUCCAUAACUGGCCAAGGCGCUAGUGGGGUGUUUUACGGUAUUCAGACUCUGUUGGCACUCGUGAACGAAAGUGGCCAAAUUACAGCGGUUUCUAUCAAAGACUCUCCUCGUUUUUCGUACCGCGGGUUCAUGGUGGACGUUGCUCGUAAUUUUCAAUCUAAGCAGGAAAUAAUGAAGGUGCUGGACGUCAUGGCAAUGUAUAAGAUGAACAAGUUUCAUUUUCAUUUGUCGGACAGCGAGGGAUGGAGACUAGAAAUUCCUGGACUCGAAGAGUUAACAACAAUUGGAUCAAGGAGAUGCUUCGAUUUGCAAGAGAAGAAAUGCAUUAUGACACAACUCGGCUCAGGCGUCGAUACGAGCACCUCGGGCACUGGACACUACUCUACUGAAGACUAUCGGGAAAUACUUCGUCACGCAGCAGAACGCCACAUUCAAGUAAUUCCAGAGUUCGACUUACCGGGUCACAGUCACGCAGCUGUGAAAAGCAUGAGAGCUCGUUUCGACCGACUUGUACAGGAAGUGGGGAAAGAAGAGGAAGCGAAGAGAUUUCUUCUCAGUGAUUUUAAUGACAAAUCUUCGUACACCACCAUGCAAGGUUUUAGUGAUGACGCCGUUAAUCCUUGUUUAAGUUCUACUUACUCAUUUCUCGAUUUCAUUUUAUCAACUUUAUCUCGUCUCCAUAGUGACAUACAGCCGCUGACCUUUUAUCACUUUGGAGGCGACGAGGUUCCUAAUGGGGCCUGGGUGGACUCCCCAGAGUGUCAGAAGACGGAACAUAGGUUAACCAAACGAUACUUGAUGAACAUUUUUGUGGAACGUCUUUCCCGUAUCACACUUAAGCACGGUCUAGAUAUUGGAGGCUGGAGCGAUUCAUUUACCAACAUUGCCGACGGGGACAUAGGCAUCGGGUUGAAUAGGAAUAUAAUUAAGAAUAAAAACGCUGUGGCGUAUUUUUGGGGAGCUGAUUUUGAAGAUGAGAGGAUAUCGAGACUUGUAAGAGGUGGCUACAAGGUCGUGUUGACCCCCGCAAGGUUUCUCUACUUUGAUCAUUCACAAGAACAUGACUUUAAUGAACGGGGCUUAAACUGGGCAGAAAAAUAUACUGACAUCAAAAAGACAUUUGGAUACUCACCGCCUGGCAAUCAAAACAUUCUUGGAUUGGAAGGAACCAUGUGGGGUGAAUUGAUCCGUACCGCUGACCAGAUGCACAGCAUGAUUUUUCCUCGACUAUUGGCUGCGGCUGAACGCGCGUGGCAUAAAGGAUCUUGGGAAGACCUAAGGGGCGAGGAAAGGCAAAAGCAAUUAGAAGAAGACUGGGUCAACUUUGCCAACACGCUCGGUCACAGGGAACUGGUUCGACUUGAUAAGAUGGAUGUACCGUACCGUGUACCACCUCCAGUGGCGAGAGUUGUCUGCAAAGCUGCUUGCAAUAAGUUACACGUGACAACUGAGCUGCCUGGCCUUAAAGUUGAAUACUCCAAAGAUGAUGGUCUAACGUGGAAUGACGUCAAACCGGAAACGGAAGUGAACGAAAAGAUAAAGCUCAGGACCAGAUCGGCCGACCAAAACCGGUUUAGCAGAGUGAUCUACUUAGACCCGUCUCAAAGCUAAAGGGAAAAGUUACCACAGUGAUGCUGCGUUGAUGGUGCCAAUUCUGGAGGACCUUACAACACUCUCCUUUCACUAGAUCUCGUUUAUCUCGGUUAGCGGAGACACCUUUGUCGUUGCUUCAAGACUGAGCAAGUACCAGCUUGAAAAGAAACACAAAUAUAUUUAGGGUUAGGCAUAAUCAGCACCGACUGAUAUGGAUGACAGAAGAACUGCCCACGCAUUUGAGGAAAACGCACUGAAAGGAAGGAAUGAAAAGCAAGAGGCCCGCGAUGCAAAUCUUGGAAGAGCACAAAACACGGAUAGAUCGAAGUUGUCCUGUUUGAGUUUUGAGUUUUCAAAAGAAUGAAGAUUAAUUUAAAUACAUUCUGCUUUCUGCACUCCGACUAUUUUUGGAUUUUUUGUAAGACCCUCCAUCAGGAUCCUUUAUGAAAUACGUAUUUUGCAUACUAUUUUGUGUGUCUCUCUGUUUCGUCGAGAUAUUCUAUAAUCGUUCAUCAAGUUAAUUCAUCCGCUAACGAGAUACGUUAUAGUGAUGUCAUAAUACUAAUGUAAGUCAUUUGUCAGCUGUGGACCUAGCCGACUCACUGGGUAAAUAUCAAAUCGUUUCGUAUACUUUAUUAUCUGAGCAUUUCAUAACAAUGUAACUUCCUUUUAGGAUUCGAACGCAGUUCUUAUUGUCUGGCAGUAAAGUCGUCAAUAAAGAUGUUUGAUAACA